AUGUCCGGAGGGCACGGAGGGAUCAGCGAUGAUAAAGGCCCUGCCUGUAGCAAGACAGGUCGUAACAAUACGGACUGCAAAUCUCGUUCGAUGGAGCUAAUGCACUGUGAUUACACUGUGGGAUGGCUCUGCGCACUGUCAAAGGAGCAGACAGCAGCAACGGGAAUGCUAGAUCAGAUACAUUCUCCUCUACCAAAGCCCUCAAAUGAUCCCAACGCGUACACUUUAGGAUCCAUUGGGAAGCACAACAUCGUCAUAGCCUGCUUACCAAAAGGAAAGUAUGGCGCUAAUUCAGCAUCGAUGGUCGCGACCUGGAUGGUCAAUACUUUUCCAUCCAUCAAGGUCGGCCUCCUGGUGGGUAUUGGCGGCGGUAUUCCGCCGAAGGUUAGACUCGGAGAUGUUGUGGUUAGUGCGCCCGUUGACCAGUAUCCUGGAGUGGUCCAGUGGGAUAUGGGCAAGGCGGAGGGGUGUGGCAGCUUCAAAAGGACUGGUGCCCUGAAUAAUCCCCCGAGCGCGCUGCUGACAGCGCUUACAAAACUGGAGACUCAGCAUGAGAUGCAUGGCUCUAAGAUAUAUGAUUAUCUUGAUGAUUUGGGAAAGAAAUAUCCCAGACUAGCGUCAAAAUAUACUUGGUCCGAUGCCUUCAAGGACCCGCUAUUCACCCCAGAGAGUUCUCAUCGCCCUCGGAGCAGACCUGGGAAUACACGCGUGCAUUAUGGUCUGAUCGCAUCUGGUAAUCAGGUGGUCAAGGACGCUGAGUUUCGUAACAGUCUUGACGAGAGUCUCGGCGGGAAUGUGUUGUGUGUUGAAAUGGAGGCGGCAGGGCUCAUGAACGAUUUCCCAUGUGUUGUUAUACGGGGUAUCUGUGAUUAUGCCGACUCACAAAAGAAUAAUGAUUGGCAGGAAUAUGCCGCAGCCGUCGCUGCGGCGUACGCGAAGGAACUUCUUGAAUAUGUGCAGAAGAGUGAUGUUGACGGAGCGUCCCCAGUGAAGGACAUUCUAGGCCAGGUUCUUGACACUGUGCGGAGAGCUGGGGCCAAUAUUGAAACAUUGAGGUCUAAGUUGGACAGAACAGAAGACCUCGAGGUCCUCAACUGGCUAACGCCAGUCGAUUAUAGUCCCCAGCACAGUGACUUCUUGAAAAGGCGGCAACCAGGAACCAGUCGAUGGUUUUUAGACUCUGCCGAGUACCAGACUUGGCUAAGCGCGAAAAAUCAGACGUUAUUCUGCCCAGGCAUUCCAGGGGCAGGGAAAACGAUUCUGACUGCAGUAGUCAUUGACGACCUCACUACACGGUUCCUGAAUGGUCAAUCCAUUGGGAUUGCGUACAUCUACUGUAACUUCCGCCGGAAAAACGAGCAGAAAGUCGAAGACCUACUUGCGAAUCUACUAAAGCAGCUGAGUCAGGAGCAGCCUGCCCUACCAGACAGUGUGGGAAAUCUUUACAACAGGCAUAAAGGCAAAGGAACUCCACCACUUGACGAAAUUUCAAACGCUCUCCGGUCCGUCGCGGCUAAAUAUUCGAGAGCAUAUAUUUUCAUUGACGCGCUUGAUGAAUGUGAGGAAUAUGGUUGCCGAACAGAAUUCCUGGCAGAGAUCUUCGACCUCCAGGCAAAAUGUGGUGUAAACAUCUUUGCCACUUCCAGAUUCAUCCCACAAAUCACCGAGACAUUCAAAUCUAGCAUGACAUUGGAAAUCCGUGCAUGUGAUGACGAUGUGCGAGAAUACUUAAAGGGUCGGAUAUUACAGUCGGAAUCGGCUAUUUUGAUCCCAGUCAGCGAAGAAAUUCAAAGCGGCAUCAUAAACGCCGUAGAUGGGAUGUUUCUCCUAGCACAGCUUCACUUCGACUCAAUAAAAUCCAAGAAAUCAAUCAGAAAAGUCAGGGAAGCUCUAAAAAGCCUUCCAAAAGGGGCCGAAGCAUACAAUCAUGCAUACAUGGAUGCUAUGCAGCGAAUUGAAUGGCAGGCUAUGGAUUCUCAGCAGCUUGCAAAGAACGUUCUAUCAUGGAUUGUCAGCGCAAAAAGACCGCUCACUACUUUAGAACUUCAGCAUGCCCUUGCUGUGGUUAUCGACGAGACUGAACUUGAUGAUGAGAACUUCACUCCGAUUAAUGAAAUGGUUUCUGUUUGUGCUGGAUUGGUUACAGUUGAUGAAAGAAGUGGCAUUAUCCGAUUAGUCCACUAUACAACGCAAGAAUACUUCCAGAAAGCACAGGAAUAUUGGUUUCCAGAUGCAGAGACAGAUAUCACAAAAGUCUGCGUUUCUUAUCUCUCAUUUGAUGCUUUCGAAAUUGGGCCUUGCCAUUCACGUAGUGAAUUUCAGGAACGGCUAGACCGAUACAAGCUCUACGACUACUCUGCAAAGAACUGGGGACAUCAUGCUCGCAAGGCCUCCAUUUUAUGCCCAGAAGUCUUGCAAGAUGAAGCUACAGGCGUCAAUUCAGGCAGUACUACCUCAUCAGCGAGGUUUGAGGGGUCUGAUAAACAGUCUGAAGAAAAAUCCGAUGAAAAGUCGGAUACGGAUGGUCUGCACUUGGCGGCAUACUUCGGAGUGGAGGGAGCGGUUAUUACUCUCCUAUCCGAGGAGGUCGCAACAACCAUACAGACCACUGAUGGUCAAGCACUGCCAGGAGAUAGGCUGGACUUAAAGGACGGUUUUCAGCGUACGCCGCUAUCAUGGGCCGCGAAGAAUGGGCACGAAGCAGUGGUCAAGCAGUUACUUGACAAGGGUGCUGACAUAGACACAAGGGAUGAGGAGGGCAAAACGCCGCUGAUAUUAGCUGCAAAGAAUGGGCAUGAAGCAGUGGUCAAGCAGUUGCUUGACAAGGGCGCUGACAUAGAUGCAAGGGACAAGAGUGGCCACACACCACUGCUAUUAGCUGCAAAAUAUKGGCAUGAAGCGGUGGUCAAGCAGUUACUUGACAAGGGCGCUGAUAUAGACUCAGAGAACUAUUAUUAUUGGUACACACCACUGUCAUAUGCCGCGGUGAAUGGGCAUGAAGCAGUGGUACAGCUGUUACUUGACAAGGGCGCUGACAUAGACACAAGGGACAAGGAGGGCAAAACACCACUAUUGUUAGCUGCAGCAGAUGGGCAUGAAACAGUGGUUAAGCAGUUACUUGAGAACGGCGCUGACCAGACCUGA